AUGUAAAUAACACCUAAAGCAUUAACCGCUUUACAGAAACUAUUAUCUAUAAAUUCACCAAUUUAUUCACAUGAAAUACGUAAUCAUGAACACUCAGACUCUAAAAGCAAUUAGAAAUCUUAGCAAUAUAUGAGUAAUGCUUAAUAAGAUGUCAUCAACAAUAGACUAAAAUAAAAAAUUCCAAGUCCUUCAAAAGGAAUAGAGUCUCUUUUAAGACAUAGUAUAAAUAAAGCAUCAUUAAAUGUUAAACCUUAAGGGAAUGUAAAAAAUGAGUUAAUUCAUGUUUUAAAACAAAAUCAAAAUGUAAAAGAAAAUACCAUAAAAAGAAAUGGAAAUUCUUUAAAUUAACUACUUUAACCUUAAAUAAAUCAACCUUAAAAGGAAUAAAGCACAAAACUUGAUUAUAAAAAGAAGAGACCUCCUCAACUAGGUGAUUUUAUAUAAGAUGAUGAUAAUGCUAAAGAAAAAAAUGUUAUGACAUCCAAAAGUCUUUAAAGAAGUCCCAAUAAUAUGAAUAAAAUUGCAUCAGGUAUAUUUGUUUAUAAUUCUAGGCUUUUUUACAAGUACUCAUUCAAAAUAGACUCAUAUGAAUGUAUUUGGAUCAUUAAACGAAGUCUUAAGAUAAUAUAUACAAUAAAAAAGUCAUAAAAAAUGUAUGAGUUUAAUUUAUAUUAGAGAAUGGUACUGCUCGAAAUCAAGAUGAAAAAAAUGAAAAAAAAGUUAAAGAUAAUAAAAUACAUUCAGUUGAAAACAAAAGAAUAUCACUUUCAAAAUAACAAAAUUAAAAUCAUCUCUAAGAAUUAUAUUUAAAAACCUCUAAAAUCUUGAAUUCUUAUCAAACAAAGGAAGCACUCUGGAAAUAAGAAAAAAAUAGUUUAAAAGAGGAAGUUAAAUUUUUAAAAUAGUUAUUACAAUAAUAACAAGAAGAAUCUAAUUAAAAAUAUCAAAAAUGA